UCGAGGAAGAAGGAAGGCGACGAGAGGCCGAGGGAGACCCAAAAUGAUGGGAUUUUAGCCCUUUUUACCUCUCCAGCGCCGUCUUUUCGAAGUAUUUACACCUUCAGGAUUGGCUAGAGGACUAGUGAUGUAUUAGUUGAUGAUGCGACGCAGUGGGCCUGGUGGGGGAGGGGGAGGAGGGGGUUUCAGCAAGCCCCCUCCAGCACCCCUCACGCAUGGUGGUAGCGGUCGGGUGCGGCUCCACACUCCUGAGGUCAAUGGAACUCAUGUGAAGGAUCGAUUUGGAUCUCCACGUGAAAGAUCUCCAAGCUUAGUGAGCAGCCUCCCUCUCUCGCCCUCACACCCAAGCAGCAGAGAGAAGUCACCAAACCCUGCAUCACAGGAUCUACAUGACUGCUCUAUGUGUCUCUCUGCCUACAUACAGUCACUAAACACUGUUUGUGGCACAGCCUGCCGCCUAUCCCAGUGCUUGGCGCAAGUGUGCACGGAGGCAGGUUUUGUUGAUCCUUACUCAGUCCCAGGGAUGACAACACAACCUGUUAGGGAAGCUGCCGAUGCAUGGGAGGGAGUUGCUCGAGCUGUGGGUGUGGCCAGUGCAGCAGUCAAAACACAGAUGCUGGUUCUACUCCAGGAAGUGCAGUCACGGCAAGAUAUGUCUGACACUAUCCGCCGGCAGGAGAUAAGUCGGGUUGCUCAGGCAAUGCUGUCUGCCUUCCUGGGUCUGCAGUACCAGUUCUCAGCUGUGGUAAUUGAACGCUUCACUGCCAUUCUACAGGCUCUGCGGGAUGACAGCCAGAGCUAUGGUUGCCAGAGCAUGACAUCACAGGGCCUGCCAUCUCAGGGAGUGCCCUCACAGGGGAUAUCAUCGCAGGCUCCUAUGGGGCUGCCCAUGGGGGGCAAAACUUGCCAGGGCCCACUGCCUGGUCAGGUCGGGGAGCCACAGCAGCUGCCGGUGUCUAGUCAGUAUGUGCCGCAAGUGGCGGGCCAGCCUUCUUGGCCGCCUUCUGGUUCACAGCCACCACCACCUCCUUCAUUGCCACCAGGUCUAAAGGGUGUCCAGCCUGUGCCACUGUUGGAGAGCCCAGGGAAGGAAGAUAAGCCCCGCAGCCGCCACCCCUCAGGAGGUCACUCCCGCCACUCCCCUGCUGCCCCUGGCUGGUCCAACCCGGGCAGCGCAGUUGGCGUUCCUAACAAUACCAGUUACAACUCUAACUCCAAUUAUGCCUCUCUAGUCAAGCAUGUAGUAACACACUGUCACCCGGCUCAUGCUAUGGGCUCUUUUCACACAUGA